UUUAAAUAAUUAUUUAUUAUAUAUAUAUAGAACAAAGAUAUAAAUGUUUUUUGCCACUUAAUGAAGAAUGUAUUAAUGAAAUUUUCCCUAGAAAAAAAUAUUGUUUUGAUUAAUAAAAUUUAUUUAUAUGUUCGCCCCAAUUUAAUUAUAUACGCAAUAGUUACUGACUUUUUAAUUAUUCAAUAUCCCUUUUAUAUUAUUUGAGGAGCAUUAUAGAUAACUAAACUUUAGUUGAUGUGUUAUUAUCAAAAUUACAAUUUCCUAUGUGGCAUCACCACAAGCUCUCUCACACCCUAUAUUCAAAAAUCCUUUAUUAACUAGACUAAUUACAAUAAUUGCCAUUAAUUGCCAUUGAUCAUUAGAUUAUAACUUUACUAAUAUACUAUACGUUUCUUCAUUACAAUAACUAACAAAACAUUGACGUCCAUGUUUAAUGACGUUAUUAUUAUUAUUAUUAUUAUUAUUAUUAUUAUUAUUAUUAUUAUUAUUAUUAUUAUUAUUUCCUAUACUUACAAAGUUACUUAUAUAUGAGAUAACGAGUUUUUGGUACAUGGUCGACAUAUACGUGUUAUAAAUUAUACUUCUUAUAGUUAAAUAGUUAAAUAAAAGAUAUAUAUAUAUAUAUAUAUGCAUGAUCAAUUUAUAAUCAUGAUGUGUCGGAUUAUACCAUUAUGUGUAUAUAUAUCGGAUUUCAUGUAACAAAAUAUUACCGUUAAAAUUAUAAUAUCUAUGAUCAAGUUAAAUAGAUUGAGACAAAAAUAUUAUAUACCAUUUUAUAUAUAAUUGUACAAUUAUAUAUUUUGUAUAGCAUUUUAUAGAUAGUUAGACACAAUCUAAGUAUAAUGUCUACCUAUAGUCUAAUUCAAGAAAAAUGGCUAACUAUAGUGUCUACAAAUUAAUUAAAUGUCUAACUAUAACGAAAUCACGAUGACCUGUAUAAUUCCGUUUAAGGACUUAUCACGUUUAAUGAUUGUUACGAAAUAACGUUGUCUAGUAGCAUGAAUGAAAAAAUACAAAUUCAAAUCUGGGUGAUAUUACAGAAAUGUGAUUUGCGAGCACAACUGUGAUUAAUGAUUGUUAAAAGGAAACUUCUAAUAACUUUGAUAUGUUUUUAAAUUAUGAAUUUGGUAACAAGGCGUGGGCUAUUAUUUUUGAUCAUUUUUGGUAAUAAUAUAACGUCGAUUAUGGUUACAAAAUUGGAAACGACAACUUGACUUUUGUAUAUAAGGAAGUUAGAUUAUGCAUUCAAAUUAUUGUAAUUAAUUAAUAAUCGUGAAUUUUAUUAUUAUUAUUAAUUGUGUCAUAUAAAGGAAGUUUGAUUUAACUAUUUACAAAAUUAAGGUAAGUUGCGAUUACGAUUGGAGCGCAAGUUACAUGAAAUCAAAUAUGUAAUAUGUUUUUUAGUUAUGGCGAUUAUCUUAUGUUUCAUUAACCACAUGGGCAAUGAUUUCUUAAUAUAAAUAUACGCCUUCUACAAUUUAUUGACUCACUAUACCCCUUUUUAUUUGUUUCUUUAAAAAAAAUUUUCUUUCGUAUUUUAUUUUUCUAUUAUAUAUGUUUCUUUGAAUAUUAUAUCAUAAUUUUUUAUUAUGGAAUCAAUAAUUUUAUUUCCUAUGUUUUGUUUUGUCUUAAAUUCAUAAUAAAUUAAUAAAAGUUAUUGCAUACUAUUAAACCUAUUUUUAACUAACAUCAAUCUAAUUUACACAUAACCAAUUACACAAAACAAUUUUUUUCAAAAAAAAACACUUAAGCUUACACUAUAUAUACAUUCACACUUUUGUUUCAUAUAUAAAUUUCUAAUAUAUAUAAAUUAAAAAAAAUAAAUUCUUUUGGUCACUCAUUUCGCGCAGGGCGCAGGUUAUCACCUAGUAUAUCAAUUAUUUCAUAAUAUAUGAAAAUAUAUAAUACAUAAAAUAAUAUAUAUACGUACAAUAUUCAUCACGCGCAAGAACCGAAUCUAGUUUUGUCAUACUUUUUCAAACACUAAUAUGGCAACAAGAAACAUAUGAGAUCUUGGCUGUCAUGUAAUAAGCUGAGCUAAACACUGUUGAAAAUCACGACAAAACCUUUACAAAAGUUACAUAUAACCUUUAAAUUUCUUAAACAAUCAGAUCAGACGAAAGAAACAAACAUAAUCAAUAAAUCAGUAUUAAUGUGGAAAGAAAAGAAUCAACGAUGCCACGGCCAAGCUCCUUCUCCGGCUCAAAGACUGAUGAAAAUAAUAGACAAGAAUGUCUGUAACAGCCUAUUCUUGAUGUGGAACACUAAGAGCUCAAAGUAUGAAGAUAUCUUGCAUUUCUGGUUUGGCUCAUUUUGUAUCCCAAAGUUUACUUAUAAGUUAACACUUGGGCUCCGAUUGGUAACAACUUCCGCUUUGGGCUUUAGUUAUAGAAUUAUCGUUGUAGAAAAUGAGAAUGUUGAGACUUUGGCUAUUAUUUUAAGUUUUAUUUAAAUCAAAUUGGUCAUUAAAAUUGUAGAAAUUUUGAAUAAUAUUUUUGAAGUAUUUAAUUUAAAGUGUAAAUUAUACUAUUAUUUAAAAAUUAAAUAAUAUGAUGAUAAAAAUGCUACAGUAUGGAUCUCAUAGAACAAGAAAAAAAAAUUCAAUGAUUAAUUUUUAAAAACUUAAUCAGACAUUUGAUGUAAAAUGGUUUUUAAGUAUAAUUUUACAUUCAAAGGAAGUCUAAUUCUACACUUCCACUUUUAAGAAUAUAUAAAUGUUUAGUUUUGUCUUUGUUUAACUAUUAAUUAAAAUGCAUAAUAUGAUUCUUAUUAAUUUAAUUAAUCACUUAAGAAAUAAUCGUAAAAACUAUACUCAAAUAAUAAAAUAACACUUACAUUGUAACAAAUAUACUAUAGAAUAACACAUAAUAUGAAAGCCAGAGAGCUGUGUUUUAAAUGGCGCAUGACGUUCAAUGACGAUGAGUGGUGUGCCUUGCGCCAUGCGCCAUGGCGCAAUAAAGCGAUCGCCAUGCAAACUAGGCUAGAAAAUACAUUAUAUAUAUAGAAACUUAGAAAAGCUACAAAGAAAUUUAAACUAAAUGCAUUAGCAUUUGACAUAACCAAUUCAAAAUCCAAUCAUUCAAAACCAUAACUCAAAUCCAAUUGUUCAAAACAGAAACACCAAAGACAAAUAGCUAAAUGUAAGAAACGAAAGUAAACAUGUGUUCACAAACAUGUUACUAACACAGCGAAGAACCAAAAAUCAAUAUGGAACAUGUUAAAAAACGUGUUACGUAACUGUGAAUCUAUGAUCAAACAAUCAAAUAUAAACAGUGGAAAUUCAACUAUGGAUAUGUGACCAAAGCAAAAAAAGAAAACAAAUGAAUUCUAAGGUGAGACAUAGAAAAAAAGACAGAGAUGAACUGAGAAGAAGAGAGUCGAGAGAUAAGUGAGAAGAAGAGAGUCGAGAGGGAAAUGAGAAGUCAAAACACCGUGAGAUUUCUAAGGUGCGCCUUUUAAUCGCCCUUUGACACCAUUGACUUAAGGCAAAGGCACACCAUGGCGAGCGCUUUGCGGAACCACCCUCGCCUUAGAGGUCUAUGGCAUUAGGGCCUUCGCCUUGGUGCGCCUUGCGCCAUGGGGACAACGCUCACCUUUUUAAACCAAGCUAGAGAGUAUUGAAUAAAAGCUAUAAAUUAUAUUUUUAGCUUUUUCUAAUUCUUGUUUUGAGUUUUUUUUAUUGAAUCAAAGCAUGUACUUUAAAGUCCUUUUGUCCUCUUUUCAAGUUUUAUAAUGCUUUAGAAGAGAAUGAGUUAUUUUGAAUGCAAACGAGUAACUAAAGAUGCAUAACUCUAUGCAGAUGAAUCAGAAGUUUGGCAAUGGAUAUAAGACCUCUCAUCUAUGGACUAAAUUCAUUUUUGGAUACAGGAUCUGAGGAUCAAAAAUUGCGUUAUCUUUCAAAGACUCGAACUGAAGAAGAUGAGACGUCGUGUCUGUUUCCAUCUCCUUCUCAUGUCUUGUUUGUGCAUUCACGGACGUUGUGUCUUUUUCACUCGUCCGCUUCUUUGUCUAUUUCUCCUUCCGCGCUUGAAGAUGCUGCCGGCGGUGGAUUUUGCCGGGUUGGUGAUGCUUCUUCGCCAGUGGACUAAUUUUUGCAAGUAUUAAUCUAUACAUGAAUCAGACCCAAAUCAAAUAUCUUAUAUUCGUAUGAUAUUCGAAUUAAUUUUAGAAGACUAUUCGAAGUAACUGCAGUUUCUUGAGUAGGAGAGGAGGAAAACUUGCAGAUUCUCUUCUCUUUUGGUUUAGUACGAGAUAAAAAAACUUAAAUGUACCGAGAAUAUCCUUUUACCAAAACCUAAACUACUUUGGUAAAACCUACCGAUAUACAUAAAUACACAAGUAUAUAUUAUUCUGUUACGUCUAUCAUAAUCUAAAUUAAAUAUAUUUUUUUUCAUAUUUCAAGGUAGAUUGUGUAUGUAUCAACAAAAAAAUAUCAUAACAAUCCGUCUUAACCCAUAACUCAAUAAGAACUUCAAUAUUUUCUGUGAUUAUUUAAUCUGCGUGGCAAAAACUCAAAACUAAAGACUAGAGAGAUAAAAAGCCAGAGAGCGAGAGAGAGGGGGAAAGAGUAAAAAAGAAUCUACAGAAUUCAAACGUAUUGGUUCAAUCUCUUAGAUUUUCUUUUCUUUAGUUGUUCAUUCUUCAAAUAAAUCUCUCUCUUAUUUACCUUAAUCAGUAUUUUUCCAUUAAUAUCUAAGAUCUCAGAUUAUCUUUCCAUCAAGAUAUAUAUAUUCUCUUUCUUUUUUUUUGUUUUCUGGUAAUUCAGCUUUUCCAUAGUCAUGGACUCCUCUGGCAUCAACAACACCAACAGGGAAAACAGCAGCGAAAGCCAUGAAGAAGGGCAGAAUCCAACUCCGGCAGCGAAUCAACUAGGUGCCACUCAGUUGCAACCUUCUCAGCCUCAACCCAAUUACUCUCGCAGAUUUCUAGAUGAACGGCUAUCUAGAUUCCCCAGUGGUGCUGAUCUGCAAACCCUAGAAUCCUCCUUCGGUUCGCUCUCCUUUGCCGAUUCAAGUGUUCCUCCGUUUCUUGAAAACCGUUGGACCAAUGGAUCGUCUUCGUCGUCGUCACUACAAUACCAAGAGAUCAAUGGCGCCCCUGGCUAUAAUGCUUAUGCAGGGAGAUGGGAUAGUAUUUAUAGGAAUCCUAACACUAACCGUGGUGUUUUCCGAAACGGAUACUCGCAAGACGUUCCUUCUUUGUCAAGAGGUCGUCAGUGGGGUUCCAACAAUGGACUAGGUUAUGUAAGGAACGAUAGUUCUUGGAGGAGCAACCAAGGGUUCUUGAACAACCAUGAUCAGUCUCUGUAUUUCGGGAACCCUAGAACGAGAUCGAUUGCUUCGCUUGCUAAAGAUCAGAGUUCGAGUGCUGAGUUGCAGAGGAAGAUCUCCGAGGGUUCCAAGGAGACCAUCGAUGUGGUUUUCGAGGGUGUUAUCUUUCACGUCUGUGACUUGAUGGUUGACCCUUACGGCCAUCACGUUCUCAGGAAGCUUAUGGAGAGGUGCACCUCUGAACAGAUCUCUCAGAUUGUUGAUGUCAUCACUCAGCAACAGUUUCUAUUUGUUAAAAUUUGUACUGAUCCUGUCGGAGCCCUUUCGGUGAAGGCGCUGUUGAGGUGUCUUCAAAAUGAGGAACAAAUUUUGCAUAUAGUGCGAGUUGUCAGCUGGGGAGCACUUGUAUUGACAAGGAGCAGCAAUGCACUUGUGAUUCUCCAAUGCUUCAAGCAGUUUCCUCCCUCGCACACUAGGGAGCUUCUUGCAGUUAUCGCUCAGAACUGUUUGCAGAUAGCAACUGAUGAAUAUGGCUGCCGCAUGCUUCAACAAUGUCUUCAAACUGGUUGUAACGUGGUAAAGCAAAGAUUGAUUCAGGAGAUAAUCGCGAACGCGUUGAGACUCUGCGCUAACUCCUACGGAAACUACGUGGUGCAGUAUCUACUGGAGCUCGGUGAUACAAAUGUAACAGUUUUGCUCCUAAAACAGCUGCUAGGGAACUACGCGUUCCUCGCCCGUAACAAAUUUGCAAGCCAUGUUGUGCAAAAGUUCUUGAAAAUCGAGUAUAUCGACCCUAGCUUCAUCGUAUACGACUUGCUUAAAGAUAUUGAUACACUUCUUCUUGAUCCGUUUGGAAACUAUGUCAUUCAAACGGCAUGGUUUGUAUGUAAGGAGGAGUUGCGCAUGCUCUUGAUGAUGCAUAUUAAUCGUAAUAAACGAUUGAUGAGGUGCAACAUGUAUGGGAAUAAAAUUCUGGAGAGUCUCAAUCUCUAGAGGGGAGAAAGAAUUAAGAAUGUAUUUGCUUCAGGUUUUCUUAUGCCAUUGGUUUGUAUCUUUGACUUAAUCGUCGUUGGGUUUUUUAGGUGAGUGUUUUGUGGUGGGUUUGUUCUGUGAAAUCAUACACCAUUAUAUGUCCUGUAUUGGGAGAUUUGUCUUGGUGUUUGUCUUCUUUAGCAACUCUGUCUGUAAAAGACUCCGACUACUAAAUGUAUGUGUUUGUUGUUUUUAUUCUUGUUUUGCUUCACUGCUUACUUCGUUCAACCUAUUAUUCUUCGAUUAUUAUUGUCUCUUGUUCCAUUUACAAUACGUACUUAUAUAUGCUUUUGAUGAAAUUUGUUUGAGAAUGCUUUGGGCUUUUUUUGUGUUCUUAUUUUUUCAAAAAAUAUUGUUACUACACUAGUGUUUUGAUAAGAGAUCUCCAGUUGAAGAUACUCUUUGAAUAUCUAGAUAUUUUUAAAAAAAAAGGGAAAUUAGCAUGAAUCUAUAAAAAUAUUAUAUCUCAGGUACAAUCGACAAAUCUGUCAUAAACUCUGUUUGUACCUCCUUCUUCCUCUCAAAGAAGGUGAUUGGAAAUCAUUCUGGUGCAUAAGUCGCUUGGUUGGAUCUCUCUGCCCCGACACCAAGGAGAGAAUUGGGGAUCCGUAACAUUGAGGUUUAGAGUGAAAAUAUGCUGUAAAGCUUAUUUGGAUGCUCUUUUUUAGAGCAGGAUCUAUUUGGAUCGCUUAUGAGGAGGCAUACAUACCUAAAUCAUGCUCAUCUUUGGUCUCUAAAUGAGAAACCUAUAACUUUUCUUGGAUGUUUCAGAGAUUACUCAAGCUAACCAUUGCAGUUUAGAGCUUAAGUUUUGAAUUAUUUUCUUAAGCAUUAGUAAAGAGAGUUAUUCUUUAUACUUGAUCUUAUUUGAUUCUUGAGUUUUAGAGAACAUGUGAGUGAGAAUCUUCUUUCGUCGUUACUGUCUCCUCCGUCGGUGUGACCUCACGUCCACCAACGAGAAUCUUCUUCUUCCUUUCUCCUCUUUCUUUCUGCCAUGGCUACGAUGGUGCUUGCUCGGUUUUCAGCCACGACGAGUCUGGUUCCCGAUCCAGACAAUAUACUGCUUUGUGCAGUUUUCAAUCGUGUCAUAUUCUCGGGGAGAACCCAUUGUUACCUUUUGCUGGACCCUUCGCUUCUUUCAUCAAGCGUUCACAAGGUUUGGGUUCCUUAGUCUAUUGGAGUAAAUCACUUAUAUUGGAACCUUGCCUUUUGUUAGGUUUUAAUUAUCUCAAUAAGAGUCUCCUUUUACUCUGGAAUGAGGAUGUUGUGCUCUCUUUGAAGCUCUUUUUACCUCAGUUUGAGGAUGUUGCAGGCUCUGUGAGUUUCAUUAACCUCACUAUGAAGCUUAAUUUCAGACUUCAUAAAGCAGGGAUUUGUCGCCUGAGUUUGUAGCUGUAAGGUCCCCAAUUGUUCAUGUUAAAAAUUUAAAAUCCUUCCGACUGAUUCGGUGAAUGGAAUGUGGUUUCAAGCUCUAAAAAUUGGAGGUUUUGGGUGGUCUAUCUAUGGAAAGGGUGAAGCCCAUGACUCCCAAGGCUCCUCUAUUAGUUUGAGCGCAGGCUCGUCCCUUGCCAACGAAGCUAUAAAAAUGCUUGAAACUCUUCAAUUUGGACAGACUCGUAGACUCUCAAGUCUCAUCAGUUAAUUUUGAACUCUAUUGUCCUCUUCUCUGCUAUGCGUUCAUGGCUGGACAUGAUUAAAAUCACAUGUCUUCUUUUCAGAAACCUUGUCACUCUUUUCACUCCACUAUCUUGUAGUUUUAAUCAAUGCACGACCACUUGUUUUGCUGUUGCUUUCGUGUUGUAUCCAAACUAUGUUCUUUGAUUACUCAGUUCAUUGUACCACAUCACAAAAAAGCAUGAGCAUACAAAAAUACUCUGUGAAGAUGGUCAGAAUUCUACAUAUAUUAUUUUGUUAACUCUCACAUCUGUUUUUUUUUUAAUUUCUAUUAUUUUUAGUACGAUAUUCAUCUAAGAAUUAACCAAUAAAAAUGCCUGUAGAUUUCAAUUUUAUUUUCUUUUAUAUAUAUAUACAAUACAUUAGUUCAUGAGUGUAAUGAGUCAUUACAUACAUAUUUAUCUAAAUAAUUAACUGUUUAUAUAUUUUCUCUAUACUGUUUCAUAUUUAUCUUUACAUGUUUGCUUAUUUUGUGAAAGAUUUCUGUUACAAAAAUAUUCGUUAUAUAUUUGCUUUUUUACACGGGUUAAUUAUGAAAUUACAAACUAUGAAAAACAUUAAUAAAUCUUUAGGUCAAACCAUUGGACCAAUUGGGCUUCCACUAUUCGAUAUAUUUGCUAUUCGUGUUUUUUUGUAUACACACAAAAUAUGUAUGCAAUUCCAUUGGUGGAGUUUUUAUAGUUUUGAUAAUAUAAUUAAAUAAAAAUGAAUAGUGUUAGAAAAGUUGGAAUACUUUAGAUAAUUUUGGUUGGAUUUUCCAUAAUUUUAAGAAAUUCUUAAUUAAAUACUAGUGUAUAUAUUAAGAACCUUGUGGUUAGAACUCCCAUUUGAUAUGCUCUUAGAUACAUGGAAUCUAAAAUGUGCCAUGUUUGAAAUUACGCCCAACGCAAGUCGGAGGGUAGACAUGGAUUUAGAGAAUUAAUGAAAAAUUGGAAUUUAAGCAUGGAUUAAUCAAGGAUUAGUUUUUAAGAUUUUUGCAUAUUCGUAUCUAUAUAAAAUCUAACUUCUCUUUGGAAUUACUAUAGAACGUAGUAGCUCAGUUGGUUUCUGGAAGUUUUAAUAGUCUUUUGACCUGAAGGUUUUAAUAGUCUUUUGACCGCGAAUUUGUAUUCUGGAGAGAGCUUUUUUUAAGUAAUUUUUCCUUUCUUUUAACUGAAGUGCAUUAAAGUAAUUUUGCAAUUAUCUUCCUUCUCCUAAAAACUGUAACUUUCUGUUUUCAAACUGGAUUUCCUCUAUUUUUCUUCCAUAAUUAUCACUUUUUCAUCUAUGUUUAUUAAGUUUACUUAAAUUUCAAUUGAUCCAACAAAAGAACAUCUUUUCUAGCUUAAAUUAAAAAAAAAAAUGUUUUUUUUUCAAAAAUUCAGAUUUAUCAACUGAUUAGCGUCAAUUCGCAUCGGUGGUCUAGCAUGUCACAUAUAUUCGCCUGUUGAUCGGCUGAGUUGGGAGUUUUAGAAAUUGGCAAAUGAGUAACUACUCCCUUCGUAUCAGUUUAAAUGAUGUUUUAAGAGAAUUCUUUUGUUUCAUUUUAAGUGAUGUUUUCGAGUUUCAAUGUAAAAAAUAAAUGUAAUUUUAUGAUUUAACUAUUUGUAUUCUGCAGUAUGAUUUUCUAUUGGUUGAAUUAUAAGUAUGUAUUUAUUGUUGUUUUUAGACCAACGAGAAAAAUUAUAUAAGGGGGUGUUAGUGGGACUUAGAUUUCUAUAGAAUUUGUUGAUUUUAAAAGUUGAGAGAUUUGUUAAAUUUAGAAAGAGAUGUAGAGAAUUUUGUCUAUUGUGAAAAUCUAUGAAAAUAAAGUAAUGUAAUGAUUCUAAGAAUUCAAAGUAAACAUGUAGUAUUUUCAAAAUCUUAAUUUGUGAGUUAAAAUGAUAAGAAUUCAACUCCUAAUAACACUUACUUUAGUAGAUUUGUAGAAUCAUUAAAAUUUUAACUUUUUGAAUAACAAAUGACUUUGUAUAGAAUUAUAGAAUCAUCAAACCAAUAACAAUAGAUUUUAAUGAGAAUAUGAGAAUCUAUAAACCAAUAACACUAGACUUAGAAAUUCUAAAACUCAUUAUAAAUCUCAUCCCCACUAACACCCUCUAAAAGUUUGUAAUUUCUUAAUCGUUGUGCAAAAAACCUUACAAUCCACUUAUUUUAAUACAGAGGAAUACAGAGGAAGUAUUAGAUAUCAUUAAAAGCUCUUUUGGAUAAUUUUGCAUCGAAUGAAUUCAAUGCGGUCAACAUAUUAGUGGUUAUAUUUUAUUAAAAAGAGAAAAAUUAAUUGUUUUUUUUCUUUUUGUUCACUAUAAAACUAAAUUGCGUAUCCAAACGAAGUAGGUCCCUGAACAUGUUGGCACGACACUGACCGUGGACAUGCUUUUUCUUUCUAGAAGCUGAUAUUCCUACCUUAUAUUGACCUGCUUUUUGAUAGUGAACUUCGCGAAGCGACUUGUACAAAAGAUCCAAAAUCCGACAUGGCUAAUACAUCUAUCAGAUACUCUUCACUAUAACAUGAUUCAAAAUACCAACAUAUAAUAACCAUUCCACAUAUUAACAAAAAUAAAUUAUUACAAUGAUAAACAUUAUACAUAGAUUUU